AUGUCUAAGGCACAGAGUCCAAUUAAUCACAUCAGAACAGGUCGAAGAUGUAGAUAUGAGAGCAGUCGCAUCGAGCCACCAAAGGGUCCACCUCCCCACCAGAGCAUCGGACAGGAUGUCACUCAGAACAAUUUCCCCGCCACAUACUUCCUGGACCGCCAGCUGUUCAACCACUGUCAAAUCAGUAUUCAAAAGCCCCAGAUAGCUGCCUCGCUCGGUGUUUUCGACUGUCUCAAAAAUGACGAAUCCGUGCACAGUGUGGCUGGGCAGUUCUUUCAAACAAUACAUCUUUGGCUGCCCAUUCUCUCACGAAGCAAGUUCUAUGGCUUGAUUCUGCACCAGCAGGUGCAAAAGGAGGCUGACUUGAGAUUGUUGGUGACCUCUAUGCACAUUCUGCUUCCGCAACAAUGUGAGACUGGCCAGCCUCGUCAGGCGACAUAUCUUUCGUUGAAACGUCAGCUUUUAUCUUUGGAACAAGCUGGCGUCCUGACAAUUACGGCUCUUCAAGCUAUGAUUUUGAUUGCAUUCUAUGAGCUUGGUCAUGGUAUAUAUCCCGCCGCAUUUCUCACAGUUGGAAUCUGUGCCAGAUACGCCGUUGCCCUUGGCUUGAACAAUGACAUUUUUCUCUGGGACAACACCGACUCAAGUCGUGCAGCGAUGGAAGAAAAGCAUCGUGCCUGGUGGGCUGUUGUGAUACUUGAAAGGUGA